AUGGGAACUUACAUCAUGAGCCCACUUGUGAUUGUAUUCAUAACACUAAAAAGCGUGGGAAACCUCUCGUCUAGAAUUCCUAAACUUUCCGUUUCAGCCUCCGCACUGACGACCAGACAUCGUGCACACUACUCGGAUCUCAUUCAUUCUCCACACAUUUUUCGAGUCGCAGAUUCAGAAGAUUCACGAAUGGAAAAGUUGACAGAACUCGUGUUAAAUGGGCAGGAUGAUGCAGGAGAUGAGGAAGCAAAUGGUCAAUUAGAUUGGAUCCUUGCCGGUAUUAUUUGCAUCAUUUGUGUCGCUUUUCUGAUUAUUGCAGUCAAAAUCUGCUAUAAUUAUUCGAAGAAGUUUCCAGAAUCUGCAGAAAAGGAGCACGAAACCAUCGACAAUUUCAAUAGACGAGCAAUUUCCACGAAGGGAACACGGGGUCACGUCCGCUAUUCGGUCGCUUGA